AUGACGACGCCAAGACAGCGCCUCGAUGACGCGGUCAAGAUCAUCAACACUUUCCUGAAGGAGAAGGACAUCCCGCCCUCGACCGCGAUCGCGGCCGCGGUCGCCGGGGUCACCACCCUCGUCGGCGCGAGCGUGUACUUGUACCCCGAGACGUUCUUGGGAAUUCGUCGCGGAUCGUUCAGCAUGGGAAUCGCGGGGAUGCUGCAGCGGCACGCCGCGCGACGACGCGCGAGAAAGCCCAUCCGCGUGUACAUGGACGGCUGCUUCGACCUCACGCACUUCGGUCACGCGAACGCGCUGAGGCAGGCGAAAGCGUGCGGGGACGUCCUCGUCGUCGGGCUCGUCCCGGACGCGGAGAUUCGACGAUGCAAAGGCCCGCCCGUCCUGAACGACGCCGAGCGCCUCGCCGUCGUGGAGUCGUGCAAGUGGGUGGACGAGAUGAUCUUAGACGUGCCCUACGACAUCAACGAGCAGUUCAUGAACGAGCUGUGGCACAAGCACAAGAUCGACUACAUCGUACACGGCGACGACCCGUGUCUGCUCCCGGACGGCUCAGACGCGUACGCGGCGCCGAAGCGAGAGGGCAGGUUCAAGACGAUCAAAAGAACCGAGGGGGUCUCCACGACGGACAUCGUGGGCAGGAUGCUCAGCGCGUCGAAAGCCGCGGAGAACGACCUCGCGAAGACCCCGGGGAGCAAGUCUCCGUUCAAGAAGAGCAAGAAAUCCGCCGUCGUCGAGGACGUCGCGGAGCCGGCGAAGAAGGAACACUUUUGCACGACGUCCAGACGCGUGCUGCAGUUUAGCGACGGCGGGAAGAAACCGAGCGACGAAGACGUCGUCGUGUACGUCCACGGCGCGUUCGACACGUUCCACGCGGGACACGUGGACUUGCUAAAGUCCGCGCGCGCGCUCGGGACUUUCGUCAUCGUCGGCGUCCACGACGACGCGGCGGUGAGUUCGUACGCGGGCGCGCACUACCCGAUUUUAAACGUGAACGAGCGGUCGUUAGGGGUGAUGGCGUGCAGACACGCGGACGAGGUGAUCAUCGGCGCGCCGGAGGUCGUGACGAGGGAUUUGCUCGCGACGUUCAACGUCGCGUUCGUCGUCGCGGAGGACAGCGCCGCGAGGAGUCCUAACGCGCCCGCGCCCGCGCCGCCCGCGGACCCGAACGCGGUGCCGAGGGCGCUCGGGAUCUUCCGCGAGAUCAAGCGCGGGGACGGGCCGGGGGCGGACAUCACCACGAAGGAGAUCGUCUCUAGGAUCGUCGAGAAUAGGGCCGCGUUCGAGGAGAGGAACAAACGCAAAGGCGCGUCCGAGGCGAAGUAUUACGAGUUGAAAAACGCGGGGGAGAUCGAGAGCGCGACGGAGGAGUGA